AUGCCGGAGUUUGUCAGUCCUGGGGUGGGUGUCUUCAGCAUCUGGGAUUAUGUGGUGUUUGCAGCCCUGUUCGUGGUCUCCUCUGGGAUUGGGAUCUUUUUUGCAGUGAAGGAGAGGAAGAAGUCCUCCUCCAAUGAGUUCCUGGUAGGAGGGAAGCAGAUGAGCUGCGUACCAGUGGCCCUGUCCCUCACCGCCAGCUUCAUGUCAGCAGUGACCGUGCUGGGGACCCCCUCUGAGGUGUACCGUUUCGGGGGGGCCUUCAUCCUCUUUGGGUUUUCCUAUUCCAUGGUCGUGCUUUUCACAGCUGAACUCUUCGUUCCUGUUUUCUACAGGUCUGGGAUUACCAGCGCCUAUGAGUACUUAGAGCUGCGGUUCAAUAAGACCGUUCGCAUUGCUGCUACCUUAAUCUACAUCAUGCAAACAAUUGUCUAUACAGGAGUUGUGGUGUACGCGCCUUCUCUGGCUCUCAAUCAAGUGACUGGCUUCAAUUUGUGGGGCUCUGUAUUUGCGACUGGCAUUGUGUGCACCUUUUACUGUACACUGGGUGGGCUGAAAGCAGUGGUGUGGACAGAUGCCUUUCAGAUGGUUGUGAUGGUGCUGGGGUUCCUGACGGUCAUGGUUCAAGGAACCAUUGUUAAUGGAGGGGUGACCAGUGCAUGGGAGGAAGCGAAGGCAGGGUCCAGACUGAUGGUCUUUGAUUUUGAUCCAGAUCCUUUAAGACGGCACACCUUUUGGACAAUAACUGUUGGGGGAACCUUCACUUGGCUGGGAAUCUAUGGGGUCAACCAGUCCACCAUCCAACGGUGCAUUUCAUGCAAAUCAGAGAAGCAUGCUAAACUGGCACUCUAUCUCAAUCUGAUUGGACUGUGGGUGAUCGUGGUCUGUGCAGUGUUUUCAGGGCUCUUGAUGUUUGCCUACUACAGAAACUGUGAUCCCUGGACUGCCGGGUUCGUGUCGGCUCCUGAUCAGCUCAUGCCCUACUUUGUCAUGGACAUACUGGGCAGCCUCCCUGGACUUCCAGGGCUGUUUGUUGCCUGUGCUUUUAGUGGCACACUAAGCACUGUAGCAGCCAGCAUCAAUGCACUGGCAACCGUGACCUAUGAAGAUUUAAUUAAGAAUUGCUUUAAGAAUCUCUCCGACAGACUGGGCGCAUGGAUCAGCAAGGGACUGUGUAUAGUGUUUGGGGUAGCCUGCACCUCGAUGGCAGUAGUUGCAUCACAGAUGGGUGGAGUUGUGCAGGCUGCACUCAGCAUUCACGGGAUGUUUGGGGGCCCUAUGCUGGGACUGUUCUCUCUGGGCAUCUUGUUUCCAUGGACAAACUGGAAGGGGGCUGCUGGGGGGCUGGUGAUGGGAAUUGCCAUGUCUUUCUGGGCAGGUAUUGGAGGAUUCGUUUACCCUGCGGGUCCUGACAAAGCUCUUCCCUUGCCACUCAACACCAGCAGCUGCCUCCCAUUGAACACAACAGACAUCAUAAGCACACUGGCACCCACCCUAGCCUCAGAGAGACCUGCGCUGGCAGAUAACUGGUACUGCAUGUCUUACCUUUACUACAGUGCUGUGGGCUGGAUUGCGGCUGUGAUCGCUGGCUUGCUGAUAACCUUAGUAACAGGUCCUAGCCGUGGUGAAGACGUGAACCCAGUCCUGAUACGGCCGGUCUGCAACCUGAUCUGUUUCUGGUCUGCGAAAUACAAAGAGAUGUGCUGGUGUGGGGUUCAACAUGAUGUAGACUGCAUGAAAUUUCACGAUAACGGUGCCUUUUCGAUGAAACCAGAAAUAUCUACGAAUAAAGAGCCACAGAACGGUUUAAGCAAAGACCCUGAGAACAUCAUGCCUGGUUUCAGCCCAGAAGAGAGCAAUCCAGGGCUGUCGAAGGACACGUAUUUCUAA